CCCCACAGCCUUCCGGGGAAGCAGGGAGACAUCUCCCCUUCGGGCAAACGAGUGGGGCGCCUCCCUCCCAUUCAUUUCCCUCUUUUCCCGACAAAGGGAAGCCGGGAGGGCUGGGCCAAGCGAGAGAGGAGCGAAGGAUCCCCGAAGGGUGCUUUCUUUCCCUCCUCCUCCUCCUCCUGCUCCUCCUGGGCGGCCCCUCCCUCGGCGGGGCGUGUGAAUCUGCCGCGCGGCGCCGCUGCUCCGGAGGGGAGGGCUCGCCUUUUGAUGGAUUGAACUGCAGUCGCGCCGCUGGAGGCUGAGCAAGCCGGGCGGAGGCGGCGGAGGCCCACGCAGGCGAGGCUGGGGCGGCAAGAGAAGCCCCCAAGGAAGGGGGACAACAGAGAGAGAGAGAGAGAGGUCUCCGCUGCCGCCGUCGCCGCCCCCGCGCAGAGCCAUGGGGGCGAUCCCGGUGAGCAUCAGCCCAGGCGAGCCCUGAUGAGCCCCCCUGCGCCUCCCCCAUGGUCCAAGCGAGGCUCUUUCUCGCAGGACCGGCCCGCGGAUCCCUGGCUUUGUUCUGCGGCUCUUCCCAGCACUUCAGGUCGCCCAGCUCAGUCUCCAUCGGGGCCAGCUUGCCUUCCUGCGGGAGAUCCGGCUCAUUCCUGCCCGCCUGGCGUGCAUCGAGGAGGGCUGGCCUUUGAGCUGGGGGUGGUGUGAAAUCGGGCCCAGAGGCGAGGAAGGAAAGGCUGCUGGCUCAGGAUCUUUCUCCAGGCGGAGGUGGAUCCCAGCCAAGGCGAUCAAUCCGGAGAUCUCUGCCUCCCUUUGGAUCAAACACCAUGGGCAACAUCUCCUCCAACAUCUCAGCCUUCCAGUCGCUGCACAUCGUCAUGCUGGGCUUGGACUCGGCUGGCAAGACCACCGUGCUCUACCGGCUCAAGUUCAACGAGUUUGUCAACACGGUGCCCACCAUCGGCUUCAACACGGAGAAGAUCAAGCUGAGUAACGGCACGGCCAAGGGCAUUUCCUGCCACUUCUGGGACGUGGGCGGGCAGGAGAAGCUGCGGCCCCUCUGGAAGUCCUACAGCCGCUGCACCGACGGCAUCAUCUAUGUGGUGGACUCGGUGGACGUGGACCGGCUGGAGGAGGCCAAGACCGAGCUCCACAAGGUCACCAAGUUCGCCGAGAACCAAGGCACCCCCUUGCUGGUCAUUGCCAAUAAGCAGGACCUGCCCAAGUCGCUGCCGGUGACCGAGAUCGAGAAGCAGCUGGCCUUGCCAGAGCUGAGCCCGUCCACUACCUACCACGUCCAGCCGGCCUGCGCCAUCAUUGGGGAAGGGCUCACCGAGGGCAUGGACAAACUCUACGAGAUGAUCCUCAAGCGCCGGAAGUCCUUGAAGCAGAAGAAGAAGCGGUAGAGGAGAGGCCAAAGGAGGCCGUGGUGUCCCUUGACAGACCAGCAUCACCAGUGUUGAAGGCAGGCCUGUGGUGUUGGUCACAUCCCAUCCUUUGACAUUCCUGCUUCUUGGCAGGGGGUUGGACUGGAUGGCCCAUGAGGUCUCUUCCAACUCUUUGAUUCUAUGAUUCUAUGACAUCUUGGUUUUAAGAGAUUGGGCACAAAUGUGGUGCUGGCUGGUUCCUGGGAUGCAGAUCAGAUCUGUGUAUGUCAGCACCAGACCUCCCGCUCCCCAGGAGACUACUCUGAGCCAAUAUAAUAAUCGGAGAACCACUUUGGAAAUGUUCUAGCAGGACUAGAAGAUGGGCACAUCAGACAGCUGCUUGUGCCUGUAAACUACAGAUCACACGAGAGGCUUACCAUUAGACAUCUUUUUUUUCUUUUCAUUCCGCUGGAAGGUUUCUUUUUUUAAUACACAAAUAUAUAUAUAAUAAAUAUAUAUAUAUAUAUAAAUAUAAAACAGGAGAAACUAAUUUGGGAGACGAAAAGUCACGACGCUUGGGAUGAACAGGGCAGGACCCUGUUUCGUGUGGAUUAAGGCUUAUACUCCCAUCUCAGGAUCUUCGUACAAGGUGACGAUGCGUGCAUGAAGAACUAGACUUAAGAGAUAUUGCUUGAUGCCGGGGAAGGAAUGGUGGGGGGUGUGCCGAAUUGAUGCAUAUAAAAAAUAUGUGUAUAUUGCUUCAUGGUGGCUCUUGGAAGCCAACAUUUGUGGAAACUGUUUUGGGAUUUUUUUUUCCGGUUGUUACACCAGACCUCUCCAAAGUGUUUCUGGUCUGGCCUUGUGUGGGGUCAAUGAAAUGUGUGAAACUGGCAAAAAAAAAAUGAUGCAAUACGACUUCCUGGAGUGAUUUAUGUGUUUUGCAAGAAUGUAUUCCCUGUCCUUUUCAGUGGGGUGUGAGGAUGUUCGCACAGCCGGGUGCCCAAGUGACCUUUGCUCUCCUAUGGAGGAGGCCUCUUUGGGCAGGCUAGCUGUGUGGCACCUUUAAUUCCUCUAUAUUGGAAGAGAAUACUGUAUAAUGUUGGCAUAUUGAUGCACUUGAAUUGUAAAAUCAGAGUUGGCUGGAAUCUUUCAGCUGCUAUUUGGUGCUGCAUUCUAAGCAUUAUCCUUGGGAGGGAAAUGUGGUUCUGGUUUUCAUGACCAAUCUACACAAUGUAGCAAUAACCAGGGAAGUGUUCUUGUUUAAUUAUAGCUUCCUACUGUAAUGUUCAAACACAGGCAUACUUUGUGGAAACUAAUCAGAUUGAGAUAACCUGCCUCAUAUUUCCAUUUAAUUUCUGUGUUGUUAUGAUAGUUUUCAUGGACCAGAGGCCCAGCUCACUGCAGCAGUCUGACAGCCGUGGGGAGAAGCCCAGCCAGUGUUUGGGCUGACAAGGAUGUAAGGCCAAAUACGUAUUCCAGCCGCCCCCCCCCCCUCCGGUGGCACAGUAGGUUAAACCCCUGUGCCGGCAGGACAGGUUGCAGGUUUGAAUCCAGGAAGAGCGCGGAUGAGCUCCCUCUAUCAGCUCCAGCUUCUCAUGCGGGGACAUGAGAGAAGCCUCCCACAUAGAUGAUAAAACAUCAAAACAUCUGGGCGUUGCCUGGGCAACGUCCUUGCAGACGGCCAAUUCUCUCACACCAGAAGUGACUUGCAGUUUCUCAAGUCGCUCCUGACAUGAGAAAAAAAAAGUAGUCCAGCGAAAAUGAAUAAUUUUUGUUUCUUCCCCCCAACUUUCAUCUCCUCAAAGCUGCCAUUUGGGAUUGAGGUUGUGUGUUUUCUUUUCAAACGGAUGCCUCAGAGUAGUGGCCGUCAAGCAUUAAAAACUAAUAGUUGUCCCAGCCCCAUUUUUAAUUCACCUUGCAUUGGUAAUACUAAUAUUUCCAAAUGUUCCAGCACAGUACUGUGCUAUACUUGUCUAUUUAGCAGUAAGCCAAAUUGCAUUCAAUGGGAUUUCUUGCCACCUAAGCCUAAGACUGCAGUCUUAAAUAUGUGCUUACCUAGCAGUAAGCUCCAUGGGGUUUAAUGGGAAUGAAGGCCCUUCCGCACAGCCCAAUAUCCCAGAAUAUCAAGGCAAGCAUUAUCUGAAUGUGGCAUUAUCAGAGUGUAAGGCAUUAUCUGUGUGUGGACUCAGAUAACCCAGUUCAAAGCAGAUAUUGUGGGAUUUUCUGCCUCGAUAUUCUGUGAUAUAGGGCUGUGUGGAAGGACCCUCAGUUGUGUGAGUAGGAUUGGUUGUAAUCUAUACAUACCUCUGUAGAAACAAAGUUGUAUUUAAUUCAAUGGCAUUUAUUUUUGGGUAAGGAUCGGGUUAUAAAGCAACAAUCCUGUUCAUGUAUACUUUGGAUUUGGGUUUCAAUGAAUAUGCAGAGGAGUGGGCUCUAUGACCAACAUUGGAUUGCUAGGGAAAAGCUGGGAUACAAAUGAAAUAAUUAAUUUUUCAAAAUCA